GAUAGAUAAAUAUUAAAACCUCCACACAAAAUUUACACCAUAAGUCCAUAACCAUGUCUUUCUCUUUCUCCUCUCCCCCCUUCAGUUCAUUACUUCCAUUCUCUUCUUCCCCAAAAAUUGAAAUUGGACCAAUAAUUUCGAGGUUUUCUGUAAGGUCACAGGCCCCACCGAGAUCCCGGAGUCGUAAACAAGGUGGCCGGCAGGUAUGGCGGCGUAGAAAAUUGACAAAGAAAGAUGAGUUUAUGGAAGCCAAACUGGAAAGGAUCCCUUUUCUCGAGGAGCAAAUGAGGAAGGUACAUGAAGGUGGAGGGGUCUUGGCGGGGGAUAUAGACCGGCUAAUGAAAUCACAGGACAACCGCUUUGAAUUUGUGAAUGAGAUAGCAGCUGAGGCCACAGCAUAUGUUGAAAACAACAGAGAUGAGUACGGGGACAAAAAGGCCAUCCUUCAUGUACUGAGUAACCGUAUGAACGACGCUGGAUUUGUUCGUUCUGAAGGUUACCUGGAGACUGACCCAUUUUUGCCCGGUCCUACUUACCUCAAGAUCAAUCAUUAUUAACACAGUUUGUGUUUGUCAAGUUUACGUUCUCGUGGGUUAGUUCUUAGUGUAAUCUUUAGCAGGUUAGAGUGUAUUAUUCCUUGCUGUCUGAAUUUAUAGGAAUCAAUGUGGCGGAGUUGCAUUCUAUUUAAUGAAAGCCGAGUUAUAUAAA